UCAAAACCCAAGUCCCAAACAAAGUCUUCAACAGAAGUAAUAAACAGUUCCCCCUCAAAACCGUUGUAUUAAACCCUAACUAGGGUUUAUAUCGUCACUUCCUCUUCAACAACACCUUCAUCUCCACAGCUCGUUAUUAAUUGGAAUAAAUCGAAUACUGUUUGUCAAUAAAUUCGAAACUUUUGUUCGAUUCAUUGAAUAAUGUCGACGAUUGAACACGAAAACUCCAGCCAAAACCGUCGAAUAACGUGGGAAGGUUGUAGUGUUUUGCUGGAUAUUAAUGAUGGAGAUCGUCUCCUUUUCUCCAGACUCACUGCUGGAUCGAUUGUUAAAAUUGGGAAUAAGAAUUAUCCACUCCAGCCAUUGAUCGGGUGUCCAUUUGGUUCGUUGUUUCAAGUAGAGAAUGGAAUAAACGGUCCUUGCUUGUCUCGCGUUAUUCCGACACCAGAAGCUAAUAAUAACACCGAGGACAAGAGGGAAGGUGCCGUAAAGGACGAGUCGAGAGACAACCGUGCAUUGAUUGAUAAUAAUACAGCCCAAACACUUACCGGUGAAGAUAUAGAAGGACUGCGAAGACAGGGUGCAAGUGGGAAUGAAAUAGUUGAAGCUCUUAUUGCCAACAGUGCAACAUUUGAGAAUAAAACGGCCUUUUCACAAGAAAAAUAUAGGCUUAAAAAACAAAAAAAGUACGCUCCUAAAGUACUCUUACGACGCCCCUUCGCCCGCAGCGUAUGUGACACUUACUUCAAGAAGUAUCCUGCAAGAAUCGGGUUCUUGAGAGUUGAUACGUUGUCGCUUCUUUUAUCUUUUGCUAAUGUCACUGCACAAUCGGAUGUUCUUGUAGUGGACAUGAUUGGCGGUUUGAUAACUGGUGCCGUUGCAGAGCGUUUGGGAGGUACCGGUUAUGUAUGCAAUACUUAUCGUGGAGAUUCUCCACAUUCUCUCGAGAUAGUACGAAUGUUCAACUUUGGUGACGAAAUUAACAGAAGGAUUGUGAGGUUGCCUCUUACCGAACUCUCUGCUUCUCACGUUGGAGAUUCUAAAGGAAAUGGCCACCUUCAAGUUGCCGAUAGUAUCGAGAAUCCGUCCAAUCAAUCCGAUGUAACAUUAUCUUCUAUUCAAUCUGACCAGCCCGUUAGCAUGGAAGCAACCACAGUGGCAUCUGAAGAUGAAAAACCCGAUACCGUAACCGUUGUCGCAAAAGUACAUAAAGCUGUGCAACCGGGAGAAAAAGCUCCCGAGGAUGCCAUCAAGUCGUGGAAAGAAAAUGGAUUUUCAAGCCUCAUAAUCGCGGCUCCAGAUGCGGAUGCUUGGAAUAUAGUCAAGGAGGUUCUACCGUUUUUGUCGUUUUCAGCUCCUUUUGUGAUUUAUCAUCAGUAUCUUCAGCCAUUGGCGACAUGCAUGCACAAUCUUCAAGUUGAGAAAAUGGCAAUUGGCCUGCAAAUUACAGAACCUUGGCUACGCGAAUAUCAGGUUCUUCCUUCAAGAACUCACCCGCAUAUGCAGAUGAGUGCUUCGGGUGGAUACGUGUUGAGUGGCACUAAAAUAUACAAUGAGGAUCAACCCAAUAAGUGAAGCUAACCGAAAUAAAUUACAUGCGACUUUCGUAACUUUAUUUAUCUUUGUUUCAUGUAAUCUAGGAUAUGUCAUUCUCAGGUUUGAAGGUUGUAUUUGUAUAACUAGGUGUUUCUCAUAAACUUGAAUAAUGUCUUGAUACUAACAUUGUGUGUUAACUUUAUGUUUGUAUGCUACCCUCUGUUCUUUCUUUAAUGAGUAAAUUGCCAUUUUAGUC